AUGGCUGGGACUGUGGCAGUGAAUGUAGCUCUGAAAUCAGGGCAGCUGAACAGCAACAUGCUCAUGACUUGGCUCAAUGAAACUUUACAGACAGAUUUCACCAAGGUGGAGCAGAUAUGCACAGGUGCACCCUAUUGUCAGCUGAUGGAUUGUUUGUUUCCUGGGGUUCUGGACCUCUCCAAGGUCCGGUUCCAAAGCAGUACUAUUGCAGACUCUGUCCACAACUACAGUUUACUGCAAACUGCACUCAGAAAAGUUGGAGUGAUCAGAUACAUCCCCACCGCAUCGCUGAUGAAGAAGAACGUUAAAGUGGCUCUGACCUUCCUGCAGUGGUUCAAGGUGUUUUUUGACAAAAACAGCAGCGGCAGGGAGUACCGUGCCUUGGAGGCCAGAGGGGGACGGACAAUGCUACCUACAGAUGGUCCUUCCUCCCAGACCUGUCCUCAGAGACUGGAGGCCAUCCGGAGGAUGGAGGGCAACACAGUGAAAACCCAAAGGGAGAAUUUGAAUGCAGAGGUGGUGGUAUUAAUAUCUGAUGAUGAGGAUGAUGUGAUGGAUGUGAGGAUGGAGCAGACAACAGUGGAAGCAGAAGUUGCAGUGGAGGCGGGAAAUCAAGGGAGUAGUUUCUACGACAGUGACGCCUUGUUGCCCCUCAUCAGAAGAUACUUCAGUGACAAUGUGGACAGUAGUCAGGACACUCAGGUGUCUGGUUCUUCAGGUUCUGCCAUCUUGAGUCCGACCCACCCCAGAGACAUCAUUGAGGCCUGCUGUCACACGCCGUACUGCCUCUACCUGUAUGUGGGGGUGGAGCUGGAUGGAGGUCAGAGACAAAGUGUCAUCCUGAUUGGCUACUUUGACCAGAGCUUGAGGGUCAGUGUGGUGAAGCUGCUGCACACUCUGCAGAUGAGUGUUGACACUGUUGAUCCACAGACAUCAACAAACACGGACACUGAUGCUGCCGCAGGCGCGCACACUGCAGGCGGUGAUGCGUGCCUCCUGAUCGAAGCGCUGGAGAAAUUUGGGCUUCCUCUGCACAACCUGGUUGUGUUUUACUGUAAUGCUCCACAGCCAGCGGUGAGUCAGGCGUUUGUAUCCGUGCUCCAGGCCUUCAACCCUCGGCUAGUAUCGCUCUGCGGCCUCCCUGGGAUCGCAGGAAGAGCCUGCCAGGCUGGACUCCUUGCUUCCUUUCGACACGUGGUUGACCUGAUUAAAGACAUCCACCAUCACUUCUCCACCUCUGGCUCCAUCAAUGACAGUAUGAAAGAGUUAUUUGCUGAUGGGGAGUCUUAUAAUCCAUCCGAUCCUGUCUCUGCACAAUGUUUAUUUAUCAUCAACGCUGUGCAGAAGAUGGUCAGCAGCUGGAGGAAUUUGGUGGAGUAUUUUAAGUCACGGAGGCAAACAGAGGACGCUGACCGGAUCAGAGCCCAGCUGAUGGAUCAUAAAGUCAAGCUGCACUUCCUGUUCCUCUCCCACACUUUGGAGCCCCUUCGAGCUCUCCAAGAGCUGCAGCAGCACGGCACAGUGGACGUGACCGUGGAGCUCCAGCUGACCUCCAUGCUGGUUCGCUCCUACGCCGCCAGUCUGAUCCAGCCCUCCAUCGCCCAGCGCUUUCUCAGGAAGCGGAACCUGCACGUCCUUCACAGCAAGAAGAAGCUGCUCCCCACAGCAGAGGUGGACGUGGGGUCUCGUGCCAGAGAGUUCAUGUGGGCCACCGCCGUCGUGGAUCUGGGGGAAGAGGAGAGGACGGACUUCCUGAAGAAGGCAGCGGCUUUCUAUAAAGCGGCACUGCAGAGUUUAGUGGCGAGCGUCCCGAAGCAUCUUGGAGACAUGGCACUGAUGAAUAUCAGCAAAAUCCUGAAACACCCUGAAAAUAUCAACGGUCUCACACUGACCAGACAUGUGCUGUCAGAGUUGGGGGUUCAGCUGGGCCUGUGCAAACCAACAUCUCCAGAAAUAGAGCAAAUGGUGUACGACUACCUCAAUGUCAUCAAGACAAGAAAGGAGGGCAAGACGAGAGAAACAAAUGAAGGUCGUUGCUGGGCGAAGAUGUUGCAUCGCAUUAGACCUUCCUCUAUUCUGCAGCGAAUCCUCCUGACCCUCCUCACCCUGCCAGGCUCUCUGUGCAGGACGCAGGUGUUUGCAGAGGUGCUCAACAGUUCCAAGGCUCUUCACAACAGCAGGAAAACCUCCAAAGCCCCCACUCAACCAGGCAGGGGGCCGCAAGGACCCUGCAUCCACAGAAAGAAAUCACCCGUCCAGACAAGUAAUGAUGGCGAGAAGAAAGAAGUGAAGGAUGAAGAGACGUCACCAGAGGGUAGGCCUGAUGCUGCGGCCGAACCUGGUCUACACAUUCCUCCCCAACACGACAGCAGUGCGGAGGGCUCAGACUGCACAGACAACUCCUCUGAUGUGAUUGAUGCCACUGUGGAGUCCAAAAUGUGUCAGAUCAGCAGCCUAAUAAAGGAAGAAAGUGAUGAAACUGCACAGGCAGAAACUGUGUUCAUCGUGGGCAGCGAUGAUGAUGAUGAUGAUUAUGAUGACGACGACAGCGGCCACAUGGUUUCAACAAACACACCCCCCAACUCAGCAGAACUGCAGGGUACACAGGGGGAGCUGGUCUGGGGUCAGGUGGACGGAUUCUCCUCCUGGCCAGCCAUCAUCGUACCCUGCAGUGAAGAGGAUCAGCUUCCAGGAAAGAGGAUGUUGGAGUGGUACGGGCAGAAAAUGUCGUCUCAGGUCAGUCUGAAGACUCUGAAACCGUUUGCCGCCUUUGCCCAAAACUUCUGUACCAACUCCUUUACCAUCCGUGUCACCUACAGAGAAGCCGUCUUCUUGGCCCUGCAGGAGGCAGCUCUACGCUGCGAGAAGCAGUUUUCUGCAUCCGUGGAGGACCGGGAGGAGCUGCUGAAGCAGAUGUUAGACUGGGCCUUUGGAGGCUUUCAACCCACUGGACCAGAGGGACUCAGAUCAGCGGCUGCCAGAAACGGUCAUACUGAAACAAACAGCAGACAGAAGGAUUUCUUCCUGAAAGCCAGCUCCUCCCAUCACUCCUCCAGCUCCUCCACCCCAACGAGCAGCAGGAGCGGUGUCGUCGGCGCUGAGCUGAAAAACGUGGUCGUCUCCUUGAACAAGAUUUCGUGCAGCUCCUUGCCCAAGUACACCCAGAAAGGUAGAGGUGGAAAAACUGCAUGGGAAGGAUAUGAUUUUGUGGGGAAAUACAAAAGAGUCAAGAAGGUGUCUCGAGGAGGACGGGCAGCAGAGACGGGGAGAGAAGGGAGGGGAGAGAAAGAUGACCGGACAGAAGGAUGGAAGAAGGCGAAAGCAGGAUGGAGAAGAGGGAAAGCAAAGGGAGGAUGGAACGGAGGAAGAGUUGAGAUGACGGAAAGUAGUCUGGAUGAUGAAUUUGAUGCUGAUAUGUCACCAGACUUUGUACCCUACAAGAAGAGGGCCUACACCAAAACCCAGACCACAAGCACCAAACCCGACAGUAAGGUUACCGAGACGACGAGCGUGUGCACCAAACCCAACAGUAAGGUUACCGAGACGACGAGCGUGUGCACCAAACCCGACAGUAAGGUUACCGAGACGACGAGCGUGUGCACCAAACCCGACAGUAAGGUUACCGAGACGACGAGCAUGUGCACCAAACCCAACAGUAAGGUUACGGAGGCGGCCAGCGUUUACACCCAGCCGGACCAAAAACUCAGAGAGGAGACCAUCUGUAAGAUCAUGAGCUUGAAAAUGGACAUUGAAGGCUUCUGUUUGUGUUGUGCAACUGAGAGCGUUGAGAUAUUCCACCCUCUGUUUAAAGGCAGCCUGUGUUUGAAGUGUAAGGAUAACUUCACAGAAACUCUGUAUCGUUAUGAUGAAGAUGGAUAUCAGUCCUACUGCACCAUCUGCUGCUAUGGACUGGAGGUCAUACUGUGUGGCAACGAUAGCUGCUGCAGAUCUUACUGUGAGGACUGUCUGAACAUCCUCGUCGGCCCCGGGACGUUUGAUUCGUUGAAGCAGCUGGACCCGUGGGUCUGCUUCUUGUGUCGGCCUCAUCAGCCCCACGGUGCUCUGAUUCCCAGAGAGGACUGGAGCAUUCGUGUUCAGGAGUUAUUCGCCAACAACAGCGCCAUGGAGUUUGAGCCGCACCGUGUUUAUCCGUCCAUCCCUGCCAACCUGCGCAGACCGGUCCGAGUUCUCUCGCUGUUUGAUGGCAUAGCGACAGGCUACCUGGUGCUGAAGGAUCUUGGCUUCAAGGUAGAGACAUAUGUUGCCUCGGAGGUUUGCAAGGAUUCAGUUGCCGUGGCGGCCGUCAACCACGAUGGGAAGAUCAUCAAUGUUGGUGACGCUCGGUUCAUCACCCAGGAACAAAUCGAGCAGUGGGGUCCGUUUGAUUUGCUGAUCGGCGGCAGCCCCUGCAAUGACCUCUCCAUCGUCAACCCGAUCAGAAAAGGCCUCUAUGAGGGCACUGGCAGGCUGUUCUUCGAGUUCUACCGAAUCCUUCAGCUGCUGAAGCCCAAGGAGGAAGACCCCAGACCGUUCUUCUGGCUGUUUGAGAACGUGGUCUUCAUGAACACACACGACAAAGUCAACAUCUGCCGCUUCCUCGAGUGCAACCCGGUCCUGGUGGAUGCAGUCAAAGUUAGCCCCGCCCACAGAGCUCGUUACUUCUGGGGAAACAUCCCAGGGAUGAGCAGGCCCAUUAUAGCCUCCCAGAACGACAAGCUGAGUCUCCAGGAGUGUUUGGAGAUCGGUCGAGAGGCCCGGGUCACCAAAGUGAGGACGAUCACUACCAACCCAAACUCUCUGAAGCAGGGGAAAGGUGUCUCUCUGCUGCCCGUCCUCCAGAACGGCGAGGAGGACAUCCUCUGGAUCACUGAACUAGAAAAAAUCUUUGGUUUCCCCAAACAUUACACCGACGUGAGGAACAUGAACCGGCAGCAGAGGCAGAAGGUGCUGGGUAAGGCCUGGAGUGUGCCGGUCAUCCGUCACCUCUUCGCUCCCCUCAAGGACUAUUUCUCGUGCGAGGAGCUGCCUCCUUUGACCGCCUCCAACUCCUCCACCUCCCCUUCCUCCCCUGCCUCUCCAGAACUACAGCAGCUGAGAUAGGGGAGGUUGGUUGGAGGGUUUUCUCCCCAUCACAUGUUAUAUAAGAGCUAGAUGGAGCAGAAAUGGUUUAUGCAGCUACUUUGACAAAUCCAGCUGACAGACAGGCCACUGCCACUUUUACACUAACAAAACUGUGAUGGACUCAGAGACCUUCGAGAGUCUUCAUGCUGCUGUGGUGCUGAUAGUAAGAAAGCCAGACUAAUGGUUGCAGUUUGCUGCUUAAUAAUCAUCUGUGUCCUGUUUUACUUGAAAUGUUGAAUGUUAACAUAAAACUUGAAGACACGGAAUGAAGACGUGUUCAUUACGAAGCUGAUCUUUCAGUUUCUUCACACAAACGAAGAUCGAGUCCACAGUUUUUCUGUUUGUUUUUAAAAAGGAAUUGAACUUGAAUUCUUCA